AUGGAGGAGGAAGAGUCGGAAUACGACAGCGACCACGUCGAUGAAGAGACGGAGGCUAGACUUUACGCUUCUGUUUUCUAUGACAAUGAUCCCAUCAUCGCCUCGAAGUCCCCAGCCGCGAACUCCAAAAAGUCAUUUAAUCUUCCCGAUCUCUUAUCGGUCAGUACUGACAAACACGGGGAGGAACCCUUCAUUUCCACUUCGCGAGAAUCCACCUCUACAAGCCCACCUAUCGACUCUACUCUCAUGGCAGCUCUGUAUCUAACUUUUACCGGACGAACACCACAUAGUGUCAUUCAAAAGGCUGAAGAACGAAUGGAUCGUUAUGUGGAGCAGAAUGGUGUCGGUGAGCAUCCUGUUUAUGCCUAUGUCACAGAUACCUCCUCUGACUCGUCCCUCGCUGACAACACGCUUUCGAAAAGACCAAAGCUAGAUCUACUCCUGGGGCUUUCAGAACCACUCGUCGACAAUCUUAAAGAGAAUACAGGGCUCCUAGAGCAAUUGAAGGAUCUUCCAUCUGAUGGCAAAUACUGGUCACUGGAUUCCCCUGAUUUGUCUUCAUCAUCGAAGAAGAAAAGGCGAUGUCGAGAAGCUGAUAUGACUUGCGAAAGAUGUUAUAAAAAAGGACACACUUUUCUAGAAUGUAUUCGGGCAAAGGGUCAUACGGUUCGCGACUGUCCAAACAGAUGCUGUUCUGUUUGCAACGAAUUCGGCCACGAUUCAUCGCGUUGUCGUAGUAAAAUUGAUAUUUUAAAUACCGUUUGCUCCCGUUGUAAGCGGAGGGGUCAUGAGAUCAACACUUGUCCGGAUAUAUGGAGACAGUACAGGUACACUACUCGACCUGGUAAACCCGUCGUCGCAUUUCCUCCUCCUAUUCGUCGGGCGAAAAGCUGUUUCAAUUGUGGUGGUCGAGGGCAUACAGGGGAGUGGUCUUGCCCCAUCUCUCUGCUUCAUUCCUAUUUUGUUUCCAAUUUUUUGGUGUUGGAAUCAACAUCAACAGCCGAGUCCACUUCAAAAACUCGGGUUUUUGACGAACCGCUCUACUGCUCCUUCGAAAAUGGAAUCUCAUCACAAUUGCCACAGCCAUCAUUUCAGCGGAUUUCACCGUUAGAACACGAUGGAUCAAAGAAAGUUCAAGGCGGAGGCAAAUUAGCGGCUAAUAAGUUGUUGCGAUCACGUAAUAAGACUAACCAUGGGGAUGGCAGCGCAAAGAUUCCAAGAAAGCAAUCACUCUUCGACGCAAACAGUCGGCGACAUCGAAGUGGCGGCCAGGCUUUUAGGAUAUCAAAUAGACAGACAUCGAAGGAUUCUAGAAACGGUGGUGCUUUGGCUAGAAGUAGGAAACGAAAACACCCGGGGUCUUCAGUUUUUCGCGAGGCCCCUGCCCCAACCUACCCAUCAGAUUUUCCUGCUCGCAGUAUCCAGAAGAAGUCGAAGCAGCGAAGUAAUCACUUGGGCAGUCUAGCUGAAGUAAAAGGAAGCCAAUGCCGAAAACCUACAGUGAGGCUGCGGCUCGGCGAGAACAAGAGAAGUAAAGAAAGAGGAUUUCGGGCGAUUGAAGACCUCCCUAAUAUCGCCACUUCUCCCUACUUGAAGAUGCUGCAUCCCAUCGGUCUUGAGUCGAAGCUCUGA